UUAUGAAUAUAAUUAAUUUUUACGCCCGAUCUACAAUUACCCGGUACCUGCAUUACGCGUAUCUUUACUUACCCUAUACGAACCUGUUCAAUUCAUAAAGAUGUCUUCUGAAUUUCCAGCAAUUCAGCCUGGAGGGUCGUUGAUUUUAGCUUGGCGUAUCCAAGGAAAAAAGGUCCUAGUAGUUGGAGGCGGCGUUGUUGCUUCUGGCAGAAUUAAUCAUGUGCUAAAUGCUGAUGGAAUUCCAAUUGUUGUCAGUCCUGAGAGCGGACUUUGUAAAGAGGUAGCAUAUCGAAUCAAUGAGAAGCAAGUUGAAUGGAGAAACCGAGAAUUCUCUCCAGAUGACAUUACAGAGGAUAUAGCUAUGGUUUUAUCGGCUGUUGAUGAUCCCUCUUUGUCUACUCAAAUUUAUAAAUUAUGCCAGUCAAAACGUGUCCCUAUCAACGCAGCUGAUAUUCCACCAGAAUGCGAUUUCUAUUUUGGAGCAGAAAUACGCGAAGGGCCACUUCAAAUUAUGGUUAGUACAAACGGAAAAGGUCCUAAGCUUGCUACUAUUAUCCGAGAUCACAUUCGAAACAGCCUUCCGAACCAUGUUUCUGGCGCGAUUACUCAGACCGGUCUUUUAAGACAAAAGCUCAGAGAAAUAGCACCUACGCCUGAACAGGGAAAGAAACGCAUGAGGUGGAUGAUUCGCCUUUGUGAAAAAUGGACUUUGAAUGAAUUGGGAUCUCUAAAGGAAGAGCAAAUGGACAAGUUAUUGUGCCAUUUUCCAUCUUCAGUCCCUACAUACAAAGAAUUAGUGAGCUCACCACCCAACAUUCUCGAAAACUGUGUUUGGGGAACUACUAUUCUGUUGACUGGAGGUCUAAUUCUUGCAAAGUACUGGAAACACUGAUUUACAAAUCUAAUAUUGUUUUGAUUUGGUGUAUUUUUUUUGAAUGGAAAUCCAAAUGAAUUGAGUAUUCAAAUCUAGUAUCGUUCGUUUAUUUUACAAAAUUUAAGAUUAGUCAAUUCUGUUACGAUUAUUAAGAACCAUCAAAAAGUUGUAUUUUAAUAUUAUCUUUACAAAGUGUA